UGGAAUCUUUAUCUAAGCAAGGCAAAGAAAUCAGCUUCUUCCUUUCGGAUUCCUUCCACUUUUUACGCUUUGACACAUUUUCCUUCUCGAAAAUAUCUUCACAAAAUCAAGCUUUUCUGUUCUUACACGUAGUUUUAGUUUUUAACUUUUUUUAACUUUAAAUUUUUAUAUCAUUUAAAGAUUGGAUUUUAAUUAUUUUUUUCUUUCCAAUUCCUCGAGAACUUUCAAAAGGGGCUUCUCUGAUGUGUUUCCCAACUGGGUUUGAUGAAAAAUUCGUCAACCCCAAUUGGGUCGGAACAAAAAGUCAAUCAAAAGUUGCGGUUUUUACACCUGCUCCAAAAUCUUGACUUUGAAAUCGCGUAAACAGUUUCGUGUACUCCUCCAUUGAGAUUGCUUAAAUAUUUUCUGGGAUUUCCCUUUAAUGUUAACACGUGAAAGAUUUUGAAUUUUCUCCUUCUUUCUUCCCAAUCCAUCUGCCAGAUUCUGCUCUGAAUUUAAAGAGUUAAAGAUCUAGCUUUUCUUUUUCUUUGUUUCUUUACCUGCUGGAUUAGAUUAUAUUUUAUUAAACAGAGAGCGGAGAGAUGGAGGAGUUUAAAUUAUGUAAAUUUUGGUUUUUAGUUGUGAAAAAAUGGUGCUUUUGAUCGCUUUGGGAUCUUAUCUGAUCUGUGGGAUUGCUCUGUUAGCAUUCAGAAUUCUGCCUUCUGGAGUAAAAAACUUGAUUGACUAUGAGCAGAUGACCUUACACGUUAUGGGUUGGCUUAGCAAGAUUUUUAAAGGCUCGAGCCACAAGAUAUCGGAGGAGCAUUGUCAUGACAAUAAUGACGAGGAUCCAAAUAGCUAUGGACCUUCUUGUUCAGGGGAGGUCUGGUCAGAAAACGAGAAUGAAGAAAUAGAUCGUGCUAUUGCACUAUCUCUUUUAGAAGAAAAUCAAAAAGGAAAAAAUGUGAUUGGCUCUGAUUCUCAGUUGCAAGAAGAUGAACAACUUGCCAGAGCUAUACAAGAAAGUCUGAAUGUGGAAUCUCCUCCCCGACAUGGUAAUGGAAAUGGAACUACGUAUCAACCUUUCCCUCCUCCCCGGCAUGGAAAUGGAAAUGGGAAUACAAAUCAACCUAUCGUUCCUCCCCGAUAUGGAAAUGGAAAUACAUAUCAACCUAUCCCUCCUCCCCGAUACGGAAAUGGAAGUUCAUAUCCUAUCCCCAUGUACUACCCAAUGGGCUCCAGGGUUUGUGCUGGUUGCAAUGCUGAGAUUGGUUUUGGACGAUAUUUAAAUUGCAUGAAUGCAGUUUGGCAUCCAGAAUGUUUCCGCUGUCGUGCAUGCAACCAACCAAUUUCUGAUUAUGAGUUUUCUACAUCUGGGCAUUAUCCUUACCAUAAAGCUUGCUACAAGGAUAGCUACCAUCCGAAAUGUGAUGUUUGUAAGCACUUUAUUCCAACAAACCCUGCUGGUCUUAUUGAAUAUAGGGCACAUCCAUUUUGGGUCCAAAAAUACUGCCCUGUCCAUGAAAUUGAUAAUACUCCUCGGUGCGGCAGUUGUGAGCGAAUGGAGGCCCGAGACACAAGAUAUGUACCCCUUGAUGAUGGUCGUAAGCUCUGUCUAGAGUGUUUGGACUCUGCAGUCAUGGAUACCAGUGAAUGCCAACCCCUAUAUCUCGAUAUUCAGGAAUUUUAUGAAGGUUUAAAUAUGAAGUUGGAGCAGCAAGUUCCACUGCUCUUGGUUGAACGACAAGCGCUAAAUGAAGCAAGAGAUGGAGAAAGAAAUGGCCAUUAUCACAUGCCUGAGACUAGAGGGCUUUGCCUUUCUGAGGAACAAACUAUUAGCACGAUUUCAAAGCGGCCACGUUUUGGGGCAGGACACCAAGCCGCGGGAUUGAUAACAGAGCCCUACAAGCUAACUCGUCGCUGUGAGGUGACCGCAAUUCUAAUCUUGUAUGGUCUUCCAAGGUUGCUGACUGGGUCUAUUCUAGCUCAUGAGAUGAUGCAUGCAUGGCUGCGGCUUAAAGGUUACCGACCUCUUAGUCAAGAUGUCGAAGAAGGUAUCUGUCAAGUUUUAGCUCACAUGUGGCUAGAGGCCGAGCUAAUGUCUGGCUCAGGCAGCAAUGCUGCAUCAACCUCGUCAUCCUCCUCUUCGAGGACAUCAAAGAAGGGUACAAGAUCACCGUUUGAGAGUAAGCUUGGGGGGUUCUUUUUACACCAGCUCGAAACAGACAUGUCCCCGGUAUAUGGAGAUGGAUUCAGGGCCGGUCAACAGGCAGUGCAGAAAUACGGGCUUCGAAGUACCCUAGAACAUAUUAGAAUGACAGGGUUGUUUCCUUUUUGAGGACUGAAUCCUUGAGUUUUUUGGGUGCUUCUGAAUCUUUUCUUUCCCACAUUGUUAUAACUUGGGCCUUUACAUAUUAGAACCCAGAGGCCAAGAGUGCAUAGGAAUUGACCCUAGAGUGUUACAUAAUUCUUGUGAUUGUGGCUGUUUGUCAUGAAUCAAUUCAUUGAUUUGAUUUACCUUU